UCAAAUCUCAAACCACAAAGACUUGGAUCAUCUUAUAUUUCUUCACAGUACACACGCCUUCUUUGAUACACACACAAACGCCUGUCCCUGUUUUGCAAUGGCUUCCAACUCUAUCAUCCCAUACACUGCUUCUUCUUCAUCUCAGACUUAUGAAGUUUUCGUGAGCUUCAGAGGUGACACUCGCAACAACUUCACUGACCAUCUUUUUGGUGCUCUCGGCAGAAAAGGCAUUCAUUUCUUCAGGGAUGAUACGAAGCUUAAGAAAGGGAAACUUAUAUUGCCUGAUCUCCUGCAAGCGAUUGAUGGGUCUCAGAUUUUGGUUGUUGUCUUCUCAAAGAAGUAUGCUUCCUCAAAAUGGUGCUUGCGAGAACUUGAAAAGAUUGCCGAUUACAUUGACGUCUCCGGAAAGCACGUUCUGCCUAUUUUUUAUCGCGUCAAUCCUUCAGAGGUGCGAAAUCAGAGUGGGAAAUACAAAGAAGCCUUUGGUGAAUACGAAAAAAGAUUCACAGAAGAUGAAGAGAAGAAGGAUGAAGUGCAAAGAUGGAGAGGAGCUCUGGCACGAGUGGGCAAUCUCUCUGGUUGGCACAUUACAAAUGAGUCACAACAUUCAAUGAUUGAAAAUGUUGUUAAAGACAUACUAAAAAAAUUGAGUCAGGGUAUUUCAAUUCUUCCAAAUCAGGAUCUAGUUGGAAUGCAAUCUCGUGUUGAAGAGAUAGAAAAGCUUUUAUGUUUAGACUCAGUUAAUGAUGUUGGUGUUGUCGGAAUUUGCGGGAUGCCUGGAAUAGGAAAGACAACUCUUGCUCGUGCUUUAUACAAAACAAUCUUUCGUCAGUAUGAUUUUCAUUGUUAUAUUGACGAUGUAAGCAAAAGUUUUCGAGACUUUAGUACAUUAGGUCUACAAAAACAGCUACUUCAUCAAGUUCUAAAUGACCAGAGUCUAGAGAUCUACAAUGUUUCUGCAGGAACCGAUUUAGUACAGAAAAGGCUGUGCCACACAAGGGCACUUAUAAUUCUUGACAAUGUAGAUAACAUUGAUCAGCUAUAUCAAUUGGCUUUGAAACCUAAUCAGCUAUGUGCAGGGACUAGAAUUAUCAUAAUUUCUAGUGAUGAACAUAUUUUGAGGGCGCAUAAAGUGAAUCGUGUUUACCGAGUCAAGCCUUUGCAUUGGGACCAUGCUUUUCAAUUGUUUUGCAAACAUGCUUUCAAAGAUAAUUAUAUUAUGAGUGAGUAUGAAGAGUUGAAAUAUGAUGUAUUAUCAUAUGCUGAUGGCCAUCCCCUAGCAAUUAAAGUGUUGGGGUCAUUUUUGUUUGGUCAAGAUGUCUCGCAGUGGAGACGUGCAUUAGCUAUGCUAAGAGAAAGUCCAGAUGAAGACGUUAUGAAGGUGUUACGAAUAAGUUUUGAUGGGCUGAAGCCAAUACAAAAGGAAAUAUUUCUUGACAUUGCUUGUUUUUUCUCGGACGGUUAUGAAAAGGACGAUGUGGAGGAAAUUCUUAAUUUUCGUGGAUUUUAUCCUGAAAUUAACCUAAGUGUUCUCGUCCAAAAAUCACUUAUAACCAUUGAGUUGGAACGAAUAUAUAUGCCGACAUUGUUGAGUGAUUUAGGCAAGUGUAUUGUUCGAGAAAAAUCACCUAAGAAACCAAGAAAGUGGAGUAGGUUGUGGGAUUACCAAGAUUUGCGGAAACUUAUGUUAGACCAUAAGGCUGCAGAAAAUCUUGAAGUCAUACAAGUGUAUGGUGAUGAUGAAUUUGAUUUUCAAGAAACAACAAUCACGGCCGAUGCUCUAUCAAAAAUGCGUCACCUGAAGUUUCUCCAAUUUCGUUAUGUGAAAUUUUCCGGAAGCCUUGAUUAUCUUUCCAGUGAAUUAGGAUAUAUGAAUUGGUCGGAAUAUCCUUUUGAUUAUUUGCCGGCAAAUUUUCAGCCAGACAACCUUGUUGAGUUGAUGCUGAGUUGGAGUAACAUUAAGCAAUUGUGGAAAGACACAAAGCCUCUACCCAAUUUGAGACGUUUGGACCUCUCCCACUCCCAAAGUCUUAUGGAGUUACCACAUUUUGGAGAGGCCCCUAAUCUUGAGUGGCUAGAUCUCAACGGAUGUAUACAACUCAGGCAGAUCGAUGCAUCUAUUGGUCUUCUAAGAAAGCUCACUAUAUUGAAUUUGACAGAUUGUGAAAAUCUCGUAAGUGUGCCCAGCAGCAUAUGUGGCCUCAAUUCUCUUGAAUAUCUGGGUCUCUCUGGUUGUUCAAAAGUGUGUAAGUUUUUAGACGAACCAAGGUAUGGAGAGCAUUUGAAGAAGCUUUUUAUAGGUGAAGCUCCUAUUCAUUCCCAAUCAGCAUCCUCCAUUGGGAAUCUACUUCAAGAAGCUUUGUAUAAUAUCUCACAUAUGCGUCAACUUGAUCUAAGUUGCUGCAGUUUACUUCAAAUCCCUGAUACUGUUGGAAAUUUACAUUACUUAGAAUGGCUAAAUUUAAGUAGAAACAAAUUUGGUACACUACCGAGCCUGAAGGAGCUUUCCAAACUGUAUUAUAUAAACUUGGAGCAUUGCAAGCAAUUGAAAUGUUUGCCUCAGCUACCUUCAAGAACUGACUCAUCAAUAACUUGCCUGUCAGAGUCACCAAUUCUAUCUGACGACGGAAGAGCAGGAAUAAACAUUUUCGACUGCCCAGAAUUAGUUGACAGGGAACGGUGCAAUAGGAUGUGUUUUUCAUGGAUGAUGGAAAUCGUUAAGGUGUGAACACUCCCUCCUUUCUUCACCCAUCUCUAUCUCUUUUGGUUUGUGUAGGAGAAGUUACAGCUGUGCUUGUGGUACUAGGCUCACCAUCAAUACCCACGUCUUCGUUUUCGCCUUCGCCCUCCGCAUAGUCCUUGUGUUGAAAGUGUUAUUCAAGGAAGCGAAAUACCAAGGUGGUUCAACAAUCAGCAUGAGGGCAUGGGCAAUUUAAUGAUCAUAGACACACCUCCGCUUAUUCAGCGUGACAAUAAUUGCAUUGGCAUUGCGUGUUGUGUUAUAUUCAGGUUUCAAGACGAAAGGAUAACAGUUCGGGAUUAUUUUUCUACAAGAAUAGAACCACCGUACAACGUGCGUGUUGAUAUUCCGGUGCAUCUUUUCAAUGAAGAAGAUAUGAACACAUCAGACAACAUCUGGCUAUUCUAUUUCAAUCUACAACAAUUAACUGCGAAAUGUUAUAUGGGGCCCAAUCCUGAUACUGCUGAAUUCAAAUUUAAAUUUAAAAUACGAAACGGCCAAGAAUUUGAGGCUGAGGUGAAGGAAUAUGGGUAUCGUUGGGUGUACGAGGAGGAUGUAAAACUUUCAAACGUCACAACGAUGCACAGCGGAAAUUUGUUCCCUCAGAAACGCAAGCAUUUGGCAAUUGAAGAAAAUAAGUAGCAGUCAGUCCAAUCCUCUCUUCAAAGGUUCCAAUCAUGGCAGAGUGAAUUCCACUUUGAAAAAGGCUAGAGGAAAUCCUCAUUCUCUUUCUUUUUACUUUUCUAAAUCAGCUGCUUCAUCCUUCACACUCUUUCUCACCUGCCAUUUUAUUUUCCAAUUUACCUUUGCACAUUUUUUGGUUUCUUAAAUUUAUUUAGUUUUUUUCAAAAAGUUUAACUUUUACUUUAUUUAAAUUUCAAAAUCAUUAUAUUUAAUGAGUGUUAUUAAUU